GCGUGUUAGAUUUGAUCUUUGUGAAGAGCCAUGAGCAGCAUGGACGAGGUCUGGGCCGCGAUGAAGCGCGAGAACGACGUCCGCCCCGUGGCCUUCCGCGCCAAGCCCCCGAAGGACGCUCCGAGCAGCAAGGCCAAGAAGACGAAGAAGCCGCCCAAGGCCAUUGUGGUGGCGAAGGACGAUGCAACUCGGUCCAUCGAGGUCCCGACGGCCGUCGAGACAGGCUGCGGCGGCGACCUCGACGAGCUCGGCGACGAUGUGGCUGCCAUGACACUCACAGCCGACGACAUCCUCACCAAGCACCAGCGCGACCUCAACUGCCUCAGUGACGAGCAACAAGGCGUGCGCAAGCGGGCGAUCGCAGUGCUAUCGGCCGUCGUUGCGGCCGCGCCGCCCUCGAUCCUUCCCGCGCUCUUCCCGUCCUUUGCCAAGCCGCUCUUCAAGCGCUUCAACGAUCCGGUCGAGAAGGUGCGCGACACGAGCAUUCAACUCACGACCACCUUUCUUCUCCACCACGAUAACCUCCUUCCGAUCUUACCAUACCUCAUGCCAGCUCUCGUCACGCGCCUCGGCAGUCCAUGGAGCUUUGACGAGAAGCUCCAAGUGUUUCUCGCGAGCGAGACGCUGCGGGCUGCCCACGAGCGCGGUCGCAUCUUCGUCCCCGAGACCGACGUCGGCCCAUACAAAAAGCCGCGCGAACCGUCCGAGGAAGUCCGAGGACAUUUCAUUGCGCUCCUCCAGACGCUGCUCGAGGUACUCUUUACCCAGCAAGCAUCGUCGCUGCUCAACGCGUACGUCUACGACAUCCUCUGCGUCCUUGUUCUCGGCGUCCACGACCACUGCCCGGACGUUGCGAUCCGAUCUUGUGAUGCGCUCGUGCUCCUUGCGCACAACAUGGUGUCGGUGCUCAAGCACUUUAGCGUCGCCUUAGUCCGUGCGUCCAAGCACCUGCUCGAACACCGCCUCGCACGUGUCCGCGCCGCCGCCAUGCGCUGCAUCCGGGAGCUUGUCAUGGUGCCCAACGUCGAGAAGUGCAAGGGCAGUGGCACCGAAGCCAUCGCCGACCUUGUCGCAUACCAAGAUGAAAACAUCAUCCCUGUCUCGGCCUUCUACACGCACGAGGUCAAGGUCAACGUCUUUGCCAAGCUCGACCAGGACGCCAAUGUGAGUGUUCGCCGGGCGUUCUACGAUACCAUCAUGGCGUGGCUCACGCACCUUCCGGACCGAUACGACCACGAACCGCGCCUCAUGCCCUACUUGCUAAGUGCGGUCGCGGACGAAUGCGCCGAGAUCUCACAAGUGGCCAUGGCGACGAUGGACGCCUUGGGCAAGCGAUAUGCGCAAGAACACCCGGACGAUGUGAUUGAGCGAACGCAGUACGCUGUGGACGGCAGUGCAUUUUGCAACUUUGAGGCGCCGUACCCACCACCCUUUACCGGCCGCCCGAGCCUCGGAACGCGCUUGUACAUUCGCGGUCGCUGCCGGCGGUUCAUCAACACGCUGUUGCGAGAACUCUCGCAUUGGCAAGGCCCAACGCGGAUGCAUGCGGCGCGCCUGCUGCUGUGCCUCCUCGUCUACUGCGAAGACACGAUCACGGUCGACUUGCACCACUUGGUUGCGCACUUGACAACCAACUGGCACGAUGCAGAGAUUGCAUCGACAUUGCGCAUCGUGGGCGAGUGCUGCGGACGCUUUGCGCAGCCGUCGACGUACGUGCCACUGCUCUUGCCGUACUUGCGUGGCGAGACGGCUGUGCUGCGUCACCAGCCCGCCAUGGAGCUGCUUGUGACGAUGAUGCAGGGCACGAGUCCCAUGAGCUGUCGUCAACUGCUGUGCCAGCUGCCUCUCUUGACGGAAGCCUUGUUGGAGCCGUUCCUUUUCGAGUCGAAAGACCCUUUGGUCCGGCAAACGCUCGGGACGCUGGUCGCAGCCCUCGUCGAGGUGCUCAAUGGGCACUGGCACGCCCGCACGGAGAGCUGUUUCGAGUACCAAGGUCGGUUGAUCUCCAAGAGUCUGGUCUAUGAACGUCUGCAUACGAUGCUAUUGGUGCUACCAGCUCCGCCCACGACUCUCGAGACGCUUCGCAAGAUUGCAGGGCCCAAUGUGUUGCUCGACACGUCGAUGAGCAUCGACUUUGGCAGUGAUUGCUAGAGUUUCGACUUGAUGCGUUGGGUCUUCUCGAAUAAGAAUCUUGUACAAUUUGCCAAGACA